CCUGAUCCCUAUCUAUCCCUUGUCUCCUCGUGAUCAGUUUGAAGAGGAGCUUGAAAUCUUCCUUCUCUCUGCCUUUUUCUUUCUCGGCGUGCACGCCAUUAGAAUUCAGAUACAGCGGCGGCGGCGGCGGCGGCAGCAGCUGUAGCAGUGUUCUUCCAUUUCCUACGUUCAUCAGUAUCGAUUUCGAUUCUCCAUUAAUUAAUCAGACAUUGCCGUUUAGUUUUCAUCCAUAUAUACAGAUCUUCUCACAUCUGUCUCUUAUCACCAGUUUAAUUCAGGUCUUCUUCUAGCGUGCAUGGAAGUUCCUCACAGUCUCCUGCCUAUUACUGGGAACCUGCAGUACCAGCAGCCGCAAGGAGGUCUGGUGAACCAGCAGCGGCAAGAGAGGAAGCCAAGGCCUCAGGCGGAACAGGCCCUCAACUGCCCUCGCUGCGCCUCCACCAACACCAAGUUUUGCUACUACAACAACUACAGCCUCUCUCAGCCGCGAUACUUCUGCAAGGGUUGCCGGAGGUACUGGACGCAGGGGGGCUCCCUUAGGAAUGUCCCCGUCGGAGGUGGCUGCCGGAAGAACAAACGAUCCUCCUCCUCCUCCUUCUCCUCCUCCUCCUCCUCAAAAAUCAUCAAGUCAUCGCUGUCGUCUUCGUCAGACCUCAACGCUAAUAAAGCCGCCAACUCCUUCAAUGCUCCGCUGCCCUUGAGCAUUCCUCCCGUUUGCAAUAACCUAGCCAUGGCCUUCGCUGAUAAUGUCUUUCUUCUAGGGCAUGCAACGGGUAAUCCUGCUGCCGCGACAAACUCUAGCUUUCUUGACUUCUUGACGAGCACUGCCGCUUCCUCUUCGACGGGUCAAGCUCUGAGCGGCGGCAUUGUUGUUCCCGACAAUGGCGGUUUGAGCAACCUCUACUUUGGAGAAGAGAAGGAGGGGCCAUUAAUGUCCUUUGAGGGAGGAGUUCACGAGAGAGCGUUGGAGGACAGAGUUAGGGAGCCUAAUAGUUCGUGGCAAGGGCUCGUCAUGAAUGGCUCGUCGUCGAUGGAAGGAAUAAGAAUGGAUAUGCCCUUUUCAGCACUCGGAGAUGCUUAUUCUUUCUUCUGAAUUGAAAAAUGUUUUUGUUUUUUUUUUUUUGUGUAAUUUUAAUUUCUUCUUUGAUACAUGUUUCUAGUCUCGUGUAAUGAUCUUUGUAUUAAGUUGGAUAAUAUUGUUGCGGGUGUGGGGAUUGAUUAAUAUUCUCUGUCAA